AAGCAAUUCGCCAUUUCGAGAUUUAGUUAUACUAUUAGGGGUGGCUGCAUACUGGUGAUAUCGGGGAAUGGUUACCGAAUGGAGCUCUGAAAAUAAUCGAUAGGAAAAACGCUCUUUUCAAGCUUGCACAAGGAGACUUUGUGUCGCCGGAACAAAUCGAGACAGUCUACCUUAACUCUCAUCUAAUUGACCAGAUAUUCGUCACCGGAAUGACCACUCGGUCUUUCUUAGUUGGAAUUGCCGUGGCAAACAUUGCUUUUCUUCGUGAUGUUCUCAAAUCACGCAGUGACUUAGCCCGAUUUGCCGAUUCACCUAUAGAGAAGCUGCUAUCCGAAUCUGACGUACAGAGGUUUGUACUACAAGAGCUCAAUCGUACAGGGAAGGAAAAAGGUCUGCAGUCAAUCGAACUAAUCAAGAGCAUACAUCUUAUUCCGGAAGUGAGCAACGUACCUUCAAUUGAUUAA